UUCUUAUAGUAGAUUUAUUAAUUCAAAAAAUAGAAUUGUUCUUAGUUAUAAAAUCAUAUAUGUAUAUAAGCGAUAUUAUUUUUCAAAAUCAACAUCUUACACCAUACAUAUUAAUGCACCUUGACUGCAUAGAAAAAAAAAGCAACUUGCACCGUGUUAUAAGAACGAUAACAAAAAAUUAUCAUACUUUCAAAAGAAGAGUAUUAUUAUUUUUCCAAGAAAAAAAAACAGGAAUGACUGAAAUAACGCGUCGAAGGUGCAUAAUUUAUAUCAAAGCUGUCCUUGUAACCCAGCUGCUAAGUGCCUAUUUCCUAUUUCAUUUAAGAUGCAAAGCAUCUUCUAGGUAAAGUGAUGCAGUUCAACCGUGAACCAAGUCAAACAGUUUAGUAGAGCAGAUACGGAGAAAUACGUUUAACUGAAAUUCGCGAAUUAAUCGCAGCAAUUAUAAGUAACAAUGCCAACGUCACACUCGAUUUUAUCAAUUAUCUCCACUACACUGAUAAGAUAGAUAACAAAAAGAUACUUUAUGUACUGAAUUGGUGGAAUUAUCAGUUGUAUACCGAUGCUCAAGCAAUACUCAUCAUGGUCCGUGAUCGAAUGCCAGAACUACGUGCUGUUAGUAUAUUUAUCGUUUAACAAAUUUAAAAGUGAUGAAGAUUAUCAUCAUAUUAAAUUGAAUAAAAAUACGUGUGAAAUGUGAUGUGUUUUAAAAUACUGUUUCUUAACGCUUACUCUUUACAUUAAAACAGAAAUAUAACAUAGUUGUUUAUUCUUAUUUCUGUUUAGUGUCAAAAUAAUAGCACUACAUUUGGUAAAGGAUUUUUACAGGAUGUACACAUUCAAAUAUCCCAGAAUAAAAAACUGAAAGAAGUAUUGAAUGAAGUACGUAUGUACAUAUGUAUACAGUUGAAGAAGUUCGUGCUUUAAUUGAAAUCAUAACUGAGAACAUCUCAAUCAUAAAGGAUUUACACAACAAUGUUCUCGCGUAUACCAAUAAGGGUAAGAAUAAAAUACCAAAUGUUGUAAUUGUCGAGGUAAGUAUUAAUAAAAUACUUCUUUCAGACAUGCAAAAAGAACUGGAAAAUCGAACGUAUACUGUUUCGCAAACAUCGUUUCGUAUUCAACGGAAAUUAAGAGAAAUGGGAAAGGAGAUCGCUUCUAUCGAUGAUUUAACAUUAUCUAGCGCAAACGACGGACCGAUACAUAUACGAAUUAAAGCAUUACAAUACACAACAAUGUUACGAUUAUUUUCCGAAAUUAUGGAAGAAUACAAUAUAUCCAUGUUAAGAUAUCACGAAAAAUGUCGUUUACUUUUACAGCAACAAAAAAUAUUAAUCAGAAAGCGUAUUACAAGUGAAGAAUUAGAAAAACUAUUGGAUAAUCAAGGAAAUAGUUUAUUUGUUGAUAAUAUCUUAGAAGAUAGCAGAAUUGCAAGACAGCAGUUAUCAGAUAUUCAAAUUAGGCACAAUGAUAUAAUAAAAAUAGAAAAGUCCAUAACUGAAGUUAGGGAUAUGUUUACUGAAAUGGCAUUUCUUAUUGAAAAACAAGGAGACCAGUUGAAUAGUGUAGAAUAUUUUGCCGGAAAAACGGCAGAUAAUGUUGAUAGUGGUCGCACGGAUCUUAAGAAAGCAGAACGACACAGUCACAGACACAGAAAGAGAAAAAUUAAGCUCUGUAUAAUAAUCAGCAUAAUAAUUAUUGUUUUCUUGCUGAUAAUCAUAUUUGUAUAGAAACCAAUAUAAAACUUUAUAAAAAUAAAAUUUGACUGCAUUUUAA